AUGCAAGCAGAUGAACUCAUUACCUUCUACUAUCGUGGUGAACAAGGCCAAGAACGUGCACCACAAUAUACGAAACGGCUCAUUGUUGAUGCUAGCGUGAAACGUUUACCCGACUUUUUCUGCAGGAGAACGAACACUUUUUUCCUGGAAGACAUACAGCUGAACGAAGGACUGAGACAAAUUGGACAUGAUGCUUUUGAAACUUGUUUAUUCUCUAAGGUCACGAUCCCCAGCACGACCACCAUUAUUGGGGCGAGAGCAUUCAAUGGCGUUCGGGUAAAACACAUCUCUUUCACCGAACCAUCAUCAUUGCAGAGAAUCAGGAGCGCAGCAUUUAUUUACUGCCGUAAUUUGGGAAGAAUCACCACUCCAUCGAGCUUGACGGUAUUGGAAGAAAGCGUCUUUAGUUUUUGUGCAUCAUUGGUGGAGGUGGAUCUUUCCUUGUCACACAUGAUCAACAUUCCAAAUUCUGCGUUUACAGGGAGCCGAAAGCUACGAGCAGUCCGCCUGCCUAAUUCUGUGCAGUUGAUUGCUACCUUUGCAUUCAGCAACUGUCCUAAUUUGGUCACGGUUGAAGUCGCGCCUACUAGUAGUCGCAUCAUGCUUGGAGAAAAUUCCUUUCAAGGAUGCGUAGCACUUGCGAAUAUCGGACUGCCAAAACGUGGUUGUUCUCAUUCCGGAGAGCCUUUUGAAGGGUGCACCUCCCUGAAAAAGCACUACGGUGCCACGAGCCGUGAAAUUAUUAAGGGUAUAUUGCGCCGUUUCGAUCGGCGUCCCGUCCACAAAUUGUGCUAUUACUCAUCCACCACCACAGUCCAAGACCUACUACUCGACAGCACAGAAUCGCACCACGACUCCAAAAUGAUAGACAAGUUCAAAAUGACUCCAUUUCACAUCCUAUGUCUUUCUGUCAAGCCCAGGCGAGAUCUAUUCCUUGCUCUUCUCGACAAUACUAAGAAUAAGUACCCACAUUAUGUGCUUGGUCGGAAAGAUGCCAAACGGAGACGAGCCAUGGACUACUUACUCUCCAAUUGGACUCCUGAAGCCGCAGACUUGUUUCAAAUAGCCAUGCAACGCUGGGCGAUCGAUCCAUUGCAACGUUGGGGUGCCCCUGACGAGUUGGUGCAAGACAUGGAGGCCUGUGUGGAAGCAAUAGUUAGUGGUAGUAAUGGUACUACUACCAGCAAACGCCGAUUCAAAUUGUACAAAGCUGCAACCUCUGCAUUCAAAUUCUAUGCAUCUCAUGAAAACAUGACAGUGUUGGAGUUGAGCUUGUGGAAACAAAAGCUGCAGGAAAUGAUUGGUGCUGCUCCUCAAGAACGACGAGAGGACUGCCGUGUGCUGUGUCAAGCCGAUUUGGUGCUUGCAAAUGUAAGUACCUUCCUUGGACUAGUCCAGUCUUGA